AUGUAUAUCCCUAAACUACCUUUCUUCCUCGUCCUCGCCUCAUACGCUUCCCUUCUUUUUGCAGCACCCAACUCCACUCCUCCUCAAUAUCGCUACAAAGACAAGUUAUUCGGGUCUGACCUCGCCCAAGAGCUCAACGAUGCUCGAAUACGAGGAUAUCUGUAUGGAGCCAUCCGUGGACAGUUCCAUACAUAUGGCAAGACAUUCAAGGAGUCCGUGGUAUUUGGAAAAGUUGUAUACAAUACCAUGAGUAUGGAAAAUAUCCAAACAAUGGCAGCAACGAAAUUCAAUGAUUUUGGAGUCGAGCCUUCCCGCAAGUUGAAAAAGCCCAAUUUCACAGGAGAUGGAAUUCUUUCGACUGAUGGUCCAGCGUGGAAGCGUUCGAGAGAGCUUAUCACGCCGACAUUUUCCAGAAAGGAUAUUGCCGAUCUGGAUUCGCUGGAGGUAUAUUUUGAUAGGAUGUUAUCUCUUAUGCCCAGUGAAAAUCAGACUAUGGAUAUGCAGCCCCUUUUGAAAAGACUUUUCCUCGAUACGUCCACAGAAUUUCUCUUUGCGGAAUCCAUCCACUCACUUCUGCCGGAAACACAGUAUAAGUCGCAAGAAUUCCUUGCAGCAUUCGAGGAAUCCUUGAUGGGAAUGGGGACGCGUAUACGAGCUGGGCCACUCGCCAAGAUCAAGUUAUACUUUGACAAAACAUGGGAGAAAGCAUACACAAAGGUCCACCGAUACGUAGAUCAACAUGUCGAAAGAGCGCUCGCGGAAACCAAAAACGACAAAUCAUCCAUCAGCGCAGACGAAACCAAUCCCCCACAAAAGUACAUCCUCGUACGAGAAAUGGCAAGAGAGAUCAGAGACAAAGUAUCCCUCUGCUACGAGCUAAUGGCAGUCUUCUUCCCAGGCCGAGACACUAUUCCCGUCCUCCUCGCCAACACCAUCUUCCUUCUCGCACGGCACCCUUCAGUCUACAAAAGCCUUCGUGAAACGGCCCUCUCUCACACCUCUCAGCCUGUAACAUACGAUCUCAUAAAAUCACUCAUCUUCUACAAACACGUCCUCUUCGAAAGUCUCCAUCUCCUGCCUCCCGUCGCCUUGGUUCACCGAACCGCCUUACGCGACACCAUCCUACCCACGGGUGGCGGAGCCGACGGAAAAUCUCUAAUCUACGUAGCGAAGGGAGAGACGGUUGUAGCACAUCUGCAUGCCCUGCAUCGAGAUAAAGAUAUCUGGGGAGAGGACGCGGAUGAGUUUAAUCCUGGACGAUGGGAAGGAAGACGGACUACUUGGGAAUUUGUGCCGUUUUACGGAGGGGCGAGGAUUUGUCCUGCGCAGCAACAGGUUAUGAUACAGGCGACUUAUGUGUUGUUGAGACUGGCGCAGGAGUUUGAGAGCUUUAAGAAUAGGGAUGAGGAGUUGAGGUAUAUUGGGUUGACGAGAAUGGUUACGGAGAGUAGGAAUAGGGUUAAAGUUGCUUUUGUUAAGCCUUAGCUUCUUGGUGACUUGAAUGUUAAUUUCUAUACAUAGUACUGCGAACCGAUCAUUCUUCCAAAAUUGCGUCUUUCCCUUUGAACAUCGAAUGAUAUUAUCCCAUACUACCAAUCUUUCUCAUCCCUCAC